AUGAAGAAUAUCACAUAUGCAAUUUCUCAAGAUUUGGCUGUGCCAUUUCAAAUUAAAAUACAUUCAUUAGAAGGCGAGAAACCACUGUUAAAAGCUUCCAGUAGAAUUAAAAACUCACAAUUGACACAAAUAGAGUCUAAUAUUAUCAGUUGUAGUCAAAUGCAAGUGUCAGUUCAGGUCAUCGAUAAAAAAAGUGAUAGGAAUUUGACUUUACCCGUUAUUACACCAUAUAUACCAUUUAAGGGGACUAGAAAAUGGGAUUAUUGGAUAACUUUACCUAUACAGACACAACAAUUGACUCCUUCAUGUUAUUUAAACAUUAUACUGUGGGAAUAUGAUGGGUUUAAGAGGGUUCCUUUCUAUCAACUGGUAACAAGUAUAUUUAAUAAAGACACAUUUCAAUUAAAAAGAGGUUAUGAGUUUAUUAAAUUUCAAUACGAUGAUUUAAAUAGUGUGGAAUGUUUACAAGAUGAUGAAAUUUAUAAUAAUCUUAAUAAAUUUUGUUUGGGUGAAUUUAAAAGAACUAAAUGGUUAGAUAAAUUAACUUUACAAAAUUUGAACAAUUUAAAAUUGACGAGAAGUUGGCCGUUGGGGACUUUUGUAUUGAAUCUCGAAUACCCAGUAUACGAAUUUCCAAUCAUUUAUACAGAUUUAGGAUCUAACCAACAUCCAUCAAAUAUUCCUUGUUUUGAUAACUUUGAAAAGUUGAAUAGCAACAUUACCAAUAAUUUAAUGUACAAUAAUGACACAAAAAAUACCACAAAAAUAGGGAAUGAAUCAAAUAUGACGAUAUCCCUUGGUGAUAAACAUGAGUCCACUUUAAAAUUUUUUGACCCUGAUCAAUACAAUUAUGACCCUAUUGAAGAAAAAUAUAGACGUUUGGAAAGAGCAUCACAACAUUCAGAUUUCGAUAAAAGAAUUAAGCCCACAAUUAAAAAACGUGAUUAUUUAAAACAUAUAAUGGAAUAUCCAUCUGGACGACAAUUAAGUGCUCAUGAAAAGGGAUCAAUAUGGAAAUAUCGUUACUAUUUAAUGAAUAACAAAAAAGCAUUAACUAAAUUGUUAAAAAGUACUAAUAUGUCAGAAGAAUCAGAGAGAACAGAAGUAUUGGAAUUAAUGAAUACUUGGUCUGAAAUUGAUAUUGAAGAUGCGAUUGAAUUGUUGGGACCUUCUUUUACAAAUAUAUCUGUUCGAUCUUAUGCAGUAAAGAGAUUGAAAAAAGCAUCUGAUCAAGAAUUAGAGUUGUAUCUAUUACAACUAGUUCAAGCAUUGUGUUUUGAGAAUGUAUCAAAUCUAGCAGAUUUAUCAAAUAGUGAUUUUACUAUUGUUAGUGAUGUCAAUAAUUCGCAGAACCAACGUUUUAUACAAUCAAUACAAGUUACAAAAAGUUUUAGUGACACAAUACCUGAUUCAAAUUCAAAAAGCAAAUACAAUAAUUACAUUGAAGAUAGUUCAGAGAAUCAAUUGCCUAUUGUAAUUUCACCUUUAGCAGAGUUUUUAAUUACAAGAGCUUUAAGCAAUAUAAGAUUAGGAAUAUUCUUUUACUGGUAUUUAAAAUCUGAAUCCAAAGAUAAUCCUUGUUUACAACAAAUAAUGCAAUCGUUUUGGGAUAGACUAGAUCUAAAUAAUCAUGAAAUAUUGAAUCAACAGGCUACAUUAGUUGAUCUUUUAAAUCAAUGUUGUCUUGAAGUAAAAAAUUCCAAAGAUUCUAUUACUAAGAAGACAGAGUUAUUAAGUGAAAUAUUAAGAACUAAUAUAAGACAUUUUUUGAAAGGAAAGGCUAUUAUAUUACCAUUAGAUCCAGGCAUAAAGAUUGUCGAUGUGGUACCUGAACAAUCUAGAGUUUUCAAAAGUUCAUUAUCGCCUUUAAUGAUAACUUUUAGAACAGAUGAUAAUUCUACUUAUUCAUUAAUGUAUAAAGUUGGAGACGAUUUAAGGCAAGAUCAAUUUGUGCUUCAAAUUAUUCGCUUAAUGGAUGUAUUAUUGAAAAACGAAAAUGUUGAUUUAAAACUAACUCCAUAUAAGAUAUUGGCCACUGGUUCCCAAGAAGGGUCUAUGCAAUUCGUCCCUAAUGAAACUAUGGCUACAAUUUUAAGUAAGUACCAUGGUGUUUUACCUUAUUUGAUACGUAAUUUUGGGGAUUCCAAUUCUGAGUUAGGUGUCCAAGAUUGGGUAAUGGAUAAUUUUGUUAAGUCCUGUGCAGGAUAUUGUGUGAUAACUUAUAUACUUGGUGUUGGUGAUAGGCAUUUAGACAAUCUGCUGAUAACAACAGAUGGUCACUUUUUCCAUGUGGAUUUUGGUUAUAUUUUGGGGCAGGACCCUAAACCUUUCCCACCAUUAAUGAAGCUACCACCACAGAUCAUAGAGGCGUUUGGUGGUGCAGGAUCCUCUAAUUAUAAUAAGUUUAGAAGUUACUGUUUUGUAGCAUAUUCAAUUUUAAGAAGAAAUGCUGGCUUAAUUCUAAACCUUUUUGAAUUAAUGAAAUCCAGUGAUAUACCAGAUAUCCGUAUUGAUCCUGACGGGGCUAUAUUAAAAGUUAAAGAACGGUUCAAUCUUGAUAUGUCUGAAGAGGAAGCUACAGAACAUUUUCAAACCUUAAUUAAUGAUAGUGUUAAUGCUUUAUUACCCAUUGUUAUCGAUCAUUUGCAUAAUUUAGCCCAAUAUUGGAGAUCUUAA